AUGACAAGUAGUGAAAACCACAACGCAGCCAUGGAUACUGAAAAGACUGCAGCAGCAGCACCUCCUGCUGCAGGAUCGCAAGUGGGCCAUGUCGUCCAGUCGCAGGGCGUCACCCGCAUGGAAGCCGUAUACCGCGAAGCCAAGACGAACCGCAAGACGUUUUACCUUGUCGGCGCCUCAGUACUUGUCUGUGCAUGGGCGUACUCGCUCGACUCAGCUACCACGGGCUCAUACAGCAUUUACGUGUCAGCCUACUUUAACCAGCACAGUUCGGUGCUUGCAACGCUCUCAAUUGCCACGAGUAUCAUUGGCGCCGUGAGCAAGCCAUUCAUCGCCAAGAUCUCGGAUAUUACGUCCCGGCCGUACACGUACAUCCUGGCGCUCUUCUUCUACACGGUGGGCUACAUUGUUGCCGCAACAUCGCAGAGUAUCUCGGCGUAUGUUGUCGGCGAGGUGUUUGUUGCGAUUGGCAGCGCGGGCCUCGACUUGACGAAUGAUAUCAUCGUGGCGGAUUUGACGCCGCUUGAGUGGCGCGGGUUUGUGAGCUCGUUGCUCUCGACGCCGUUUUUGAUUAAUACUUGGUUUGCAGGCGACAUUGUGCAUGCCAUGUCUACGGGCAACAAGUGGAGAUGGGGCUACGGAAUGUUUGCCAUCAUCAUGCCUGUGGCCAUUAGUCCGGCUAUUGCUGUGCUCAUCUACUUGGACAGAAAGGCACGCAAGAAUGGCAUCGUCAACAUGGCUUCGAGCAAUGCAGAGCGUCGUGCGGCCAAGGAACUUGCUGAGGCAGAAGGACGCGUAGCGCCUCAUGGUACGAUUGUAGCCUCAGCUGCAAAGUGGGAUGCUACGUGGACGGAGAAACUGGUUCACAAUCUUCAUGAGAUUGAUGCUUUUGGGCUGCUACUUCUCGGCUUUGGAUGGUCGCUGCUUCUUUUGCCGUUUUCGCUCAAGACCUACGCAGAGCAUGGGUGGAGGAACCAGUCGCUUAUUGCCAUGAUGGUUGUUGGUGGUGUUUUGCUGAUUGCCUACGUCGUGUACGAAAUCAAGUGGGCAAAGAUGCCUAGUGCGCCGCGCAGACUGGUGUUUAAUAAGACAUUCAUCAUGGCCAUCAUUAUCGAUGCCUUUUACUUUGUUGCUGGAAACAUGAGAGGACUCUACUGGAGCUCAUAUGUCUACGUCGCGAAGCCAUGGACGGAGCAGCAAUGGGUGUACUACGGAAACGCCUUAACACUGGCUCUCUGUUUCUUUGGUCCCAUUGCUGGUCUUUUGCAGAGAUGGACACACAGAUACAAGACCAUCCAGCUGGCUGGCCUGUGUCUCAAGAUCAUUGGUAUGGGUAUUCUCCUGGACGGCCACCGCGCAACCGACAACACCGCAGCCAUGUCCAUCGCCAUGGUGUUAAUCGGUGCUGGUGGCGCCAUGUCAGUCGUUGGAUCCCGUGUUGCCUCACAGGCAUCUGUUCCUCAUCAAGAUGUUGCCCUCGCUAUUUCGCUACUUUCGCUCUGGUCGAAGAUUGGCAGUGCUAUUGGAAGCGCCAUUGUCGCUGUCAUCUGGUCGUCCCAAAUGCCGGUGCAACUGCGUGAACACCUUCCCAAAACUGUCACAAACAAGGACGUCACCAAAUACUUUGGAAACAUUCGCUCUAUCCGCACGCUGCCGUUUGACAGCCCCAUCCGACAGGGCGCCAUUGAAGCUUACCGACAGACACUGUACUAUUGCAUCGCCCCAGCGCUGGGAUUAGCGUUUAUUCCACUGAUUGCAGCCUGCUUCCAGACCGACUAUUACCUUGGAAAGAAACAGAAUGCAGUCACCAAUGUUGGAAACGACGGUGUGGCGGUAGUUGAUGAAGAGGUGCAGAACGCCCAAGAAAGCAGACCAGCGACGCGCAAGGAAGCGUUUUUGAAGUUUUGGGCUGGAAGGUAG